GUAGCAAGCGCCAGCCAAACGGCUCUUUAGUCCCUCCAGCUUGCCCAGAGAGUGUCCGCCCGUCGUCGAACCUCAGGGGAGCAACGCAGCCAUUCCACAUCCCAUCCCAUCCACUCCUCCAUCUAAUUCAUUCAACCUUCAUUCCACCUCUCUUGUUCCCCCCCCCAUUCCUUUCCUUUGGCUCAAACCACCUUCGUCCUUGUCUCUGCCACUCGCUUUCUACCUCUAUUUUCUUCAAUUUCUUCUUCUCUCUUCUUUAAUUUCCUCCAUUCCUCCCCUAUUAAUUCAUCAUGUCGUUCAACGCGCUCCGUCGCAAGAAGAAUGUCAAGAAGGGUAUCCAGUUCUGCCUGAUGGUCUGUGGUGCCAGCGGAACCGGACGUACCACCUUCGUCAACACUCUUUGUGGAAAGAAGGUCCUAGAAGGCAAGGACUGCGACGACCCGGCCAACGCUCACAUUGAGGAGGGUGUCCGCAUCAAGCCAGUCACAGUUGAGCUGGAAUUGGACGACGAAGGCACCCGCAUCUCCCUCACCAUCGUUGAUACCCCCGGUUUCGGAGACCAGAUUGACAACGAAGCAAGCUUCGGCGAAAUUGUUGGAUACCUUGAGCGCCAAUACGAUGAUAUUCUUGCGGAGGAAUCACGAAUCAAGCGUAACCCCCGCUUCAGGGACAACCGUGUUCACGUCCUGCUCUACUUCAUCACACCCACCGGCCAUGGACUGCGUGAGCUGGACAUCGAAUUGAUGAAGCGCCUUUCUCCCCGUGUCAACGUCAUCCCCGUCAUCGGCAAGGCCGACUCUCUCACCCCUGCCGAAUUGGCCGAAUCCAAGAAGCUCAUCAUGGAGGAUAUUGAGCACUACCGCAUUCCCGUGUACAACUUCCCCUACGAUAUCGAGGAGGACGAUGAGGACACCGUGGAGGAGAAUGCUGAGCUUCGCGGUCUGAUGCCGUUUGCCAUUGUUGGCUCCGAGGACUUCGUUGAGAUUGACGGCAAGAAGGUGCGGGCCAGGCAAUAUCCUUGGGGUGUCGUGGACGUUGAGAACCCCCGUCACUCGGACUUCUUGGCCAUCCGUAGCGCUCUUCUUCACAGCCAUCUCGCAGACCUUAAGGAAAUUACUCACGACUUCCUCUACGAAAACUACCGUACUGAGAAGCUCAGCAAGAGUGUUGAUGGUGCUACGCCUACACAAGACUCUUCGAUGAACCCAGAAGACCUAGCAUCCCAGUCCGUUAGACUGAAGGAGGAGCAGCUUCGUCGCGAGGAGGAGAAGCUCCGCGAGAUCGAACUCAAGGUGCAGCGCGAGAUCGCUGAGAAGCGCCAGGAACUGCUGGCUCGUGAGAGUCAGCUGAGGGAGAUCGAGGCUCGCAUGGCGCGUGAAGCAAGCCAGAGUCAGAUUGAUAGCAUCAGCGAUGCUUGAGCUCUUCCCAAACCUGUUUUCCGGAGGGAGACGGAUCUUGCAUGUUGACCCCGGACGCCGUUUGUGCCUAUGUAAUGAGAUUCGUGGCACGGCAGUUGUGACUGUCGACGGGGAAAAGAUUAGUCGACCGUUUAUUCACGUUAAUAGCUUCUUAUCCGAGAGGAGAGGGGAAAAUGCAACGUUCCGUUUAUCUUGACGACUGGCAGCAUUCCCCCUUUGUUAACUCAGAGGGUUGCGGACAAGAGGUGAUGGAAUCCUGCUGCUGCUCUGCUCUUUCCCUCUCCUGAUUUUGGCUUCUUCCCAUGUCUUCUUUAAUCUGGUCGAAAGAUCUCCGAACGGUUUCGCGCUGCCCAUGUUGCGAAGCUUGGGGUCAGAGAUAGCAUCUUUUUAAUUUGCUGACAGUUGUCGCUGGACCUGCAUAACCUCCUUCUCAUUGCCCAUCCCUUUUAUUUUCCCAUUUCUGCUUUUGUCGAUGAAACCUGUCCCAAUCUCAAGCAGCGCAGCAAGAUUCCCUCUUUUGUCGUUUCAUAUUCCUUGUGCUCGUGGUUCAUGUCUUAAUCUUAUCAUCAUAUGUCUUAGUUGAAUAGUAGUAUAUGAGGACAAAAGAUCCGAAGUUUUUCC